AGCUUUGAGAUUGCGCUGGAAGUGGGAAGUGUGUUCUGACAGACCGGGUACGAGGGAAGGAAGAAAACUUCACUACCCUGUGUGACAAAAGUCAGACUUCCAUGAGAAUCCAAGCUCAAGUAACUCUAUCAACUCAAUAAAAACUGUAACAAUGUCUUUCUCAUUUUCUACAUCCUCUCUGUUUUCCCCUCAGAAGGUCUUCUUUGCUCCUUGUUUUUGGAAGCAAAGGGCAUAUGGCGUUUCUAUAAAACCAUGCAUUGUUAAGGGCUUUGUGGUCAGGGCAGGCCCCAAAAAGAUAUCUUUCGAUAAAGAGUGCAGAGAGGCUCUACAAUCAGGGAUUGAUAAGCUUGCCGACGCUGUGUCUCUCACUGUAGGACCCAGAGGACGGAAUGUGAUUCUUUCUGAAUCUGGGAAUCUGAAAGUAAUUAAUGAUGGUGUUACAAUUGCUCGGUCCAUAGAGCUUUCGGACGCAAUAGAGAAUGCAGGUGCCAUGCUAAUUCAAGAGGUUGCUAGUAAAAUGAAUGAUUUGGCUGGAGAUGGCACUAGCACUGCAAUUAUUUUGGCUCGAGCUAUGAUUAAAUCUGGACUAUUAGCAGUUGCAUUUGGCGCUAACCCCAUUUCAUUGAAAAAGGGGAUGGAAAAGACUAUAAAAAGUCUGAUUAAGUUUUUGAAGGAGAGAAGUGUGCCUGUGGAAGGAAAGGAUCAUGUUAAAGCUGUGGCUUCAAUUUCUGCAGGAAAUGAUGAGGACAUUGGUAACUUGAUCGCCGAAGCUAUAGAGAAGAUUGGUUCUGACGGAGUGAUUUCUAUUGAGUCAUCCCUGUCAUCUGAAACUUUUGUGAUAAUUGAAGAAGGGAUGAAGUUUGACAAGGGUUACAUGUCUCCUCGCUUCAUUACAAGCCAGGAGAAGGGUAUUGUGGAGUUUGACCGUGCAAAAGUCUUGGUAACUGAUCAGAGGAUUUCAACUGUCAAAGAAAUUAUUCCAUUGCUGGAAAAGGCUAUGCAACUGAGUGCCCCACUUCUGAUUAUUGCAGAGGACAUCACAAAACAAGUAUUGGAAACAUUGGUGGUAAACAAACUGCAGGGAUUACUAAGAGUUGCAGUCGUCAAAUGUCCAGGAUUUGGAGAUGGGAAGAAAGCUUUGUUACAAGAUAUCGCACUGAUGACAGGUGCUGAUUUUCUUUCUGGAGAAUUGGGUCUGUCACUUGAAGGUGCAACAUCAGAUCAGCUUGGCAUUGCACAGAAAGUGACAGUAACAAGUAAUACAACAACUAUUAUUGCUGAUCCUAUCAUGAAAGCAGAAAUUCAGGCUAGAGUUUUACAGAUUAAGAAGGAUCUUAAUGAAACAGACAAUGCAUACCUGUCAAGAAAGCUCGCGGAGAGAGCUGCAAAGCUCUCUGGAGGCAUAGCUGUUAUUAAGGUAGGUGCACACACUGAGGUGGAACUUGAAGAUCGAAAACUUAGAAUUGAGGAUGCAAAGAAUGCAACAUUUGCUGCCAUAGCUGAGGGGAUUGUCCCUGGUGGUGGAGCUGCUUAUGUUCACUUGGCAGAACUGAUACCAACAAUAAAAAACUCUAUGGAAGAUCUUGAUGAGCAAAUUGGUGCUGAUAUUGUUGCUAAGUCACUUGUUGAACCUGCGAAAUCAAUUGCUACUAAUGCUGGAGCCGAUGGAGACAUUGUUGUCCAGAAGACAAGAACUUGUGAUUGGCGAACAGGUUAUAAUGCAAUGGCAGGUGAAUACGAAGAUCUUUUAAACGCCGGAAUAGCAGAUCCUUGUCGAGUCACAAGAUGCGCUCUUCAAAUUGCAGUUUCAGUUGCUGGUGUGAUUCUAACAACUCAAGCUGUAAUGGUGGACAAAACAAAGACACCCAAACCGCCUGUGCCCCUAGUCCCUGGGAUAACCCCUUGAAGAAGAACAAGACAAAGCAAAGUCUUCUUUGUAUAUGUAUUGCCCUUGCCGGAUUCGAAGUUCAAAUCUUGAGAAUGCCCCUUGUCUUGGUUCAUACUUCAUCCUCAUGAAGCAAUGAGGUUGGUUUUUGCAAUAAUGGAGAGCCAGAGGUUGCUGAUUCUUCCAUACUUCAUGAUGAAAGGAAGAGUCUGAAGCUAUAAGUGUUUGCUAUCAGAUUCUUCAAUAGAAGCAUGACACUUGACACAACCCUCAUUUGGAGAGAUGGUCAUGCGAUGAUCUGUUGAAAGAUACCCACAUUUUAUAAAAUUUUAAUUAGGAAACUUAGUAGCUGCUACUUAAAAGAAAUUUAUUUAAAUUGUUGUGAAACCCAUACCUGGUGAAAUGGCUUGAAGAACUUGACAACGGCAAUUUAGUGCUGUUCUUUUUCCUCAAGAGAUUUUUUUUUUGGGGGAAUAUAUAUUUAAGUUUUCUCCAUAAAUUAUGAAAUGAUUGUUUAUUGACUGUGUAUUACCAGAUGGUAAAUAUUGAACUUAGAUUUUGGAUUUGGUGCUU